UACGCUCCCUUCAACUUCAAGAGGUAUAGAAUUAAUUUAUUAACGGUUGCGAGUUUACACUUUCAUGCAGUAUACUCUAAAAUGAAACAAUACCUAUCAGUAAAUGACCAUUUGAUAGAAUAAAUUUGGUCACAACGCGAUUUUAGGUGGAUUGUUUGUUUGCCCUGUAGUUUUUUUGUAUCGGCUUUUUACAUUUCAGCGAAAGACGUGGUUUUACAGAGGAUAAAGAAAACGACAAAUCACAGAGUUUUCAUUUUUGGCAAAGAAAAUAUAAUAACCGUAUAUACAAAAAAGCAAAACAUAAAUGGGCUCUUCAUUCGGUUAUUGAUGAAUCGGGUAUUUUUCAGUGAACUAAUAACUGGGUCGUUUUCCUUGACGUUCGUCGCUGUGGUGGGGAUGGAAUUGUUCAACCGAACUCUCACGGACAGAGAUCUAGUUUCCCAGUCCAUGAUGCUUUGUAGGUACUUCAUGUGCUCUCGAAUCAUUCGGGAAGGACUCAGUUGGUCAAAAGUGGAACCUGGUCUACCAGCCCCAGAUGGAGCGCUUGGAGAUGUAUUAAGGGUGCUUCUUAAGUUAGGUGAUGAACUGGAUUACUUGCAGCCAUACUUGUAUCGAAAUGUUGCAAAGCAGCUCAGAAUAUCUGUGGCAACGGAGACCAUGGUGAUAGAUGCAUUUCUAUCUGUAGCAACAGAGAUCCUCUCCUUGGGAAUCACAUGGGGUAAGGUGGUGGCCAUCUUUGCAGUCGCAGGAGGCCUUGCAGUGGACUGUGUGAGACAGGGCCAUCCAGCCAUGCUGCACACCAUAGUGGAGAGUCUUGGGGAGCUAGUUGGGAAGAGCCUGGCAUCCUGGCUUAAGAAGAGAGGAGGAUGGGGGGACAUUUCAAAGUGUGUGACAAGCUUGGACAAUACUGCACAAUACCAUUGGUUAUCAGCAGUUGUGUCAACCUGGAGACACCUUGUGAAGACUAUGUAUGUCUACCUAAUGAAGUAGCACUUGGCCAGGCCAAGGCAAGAGAGGUUGUUUCCUAUCCAUAACUACUUGAUGGAUACAUGUUUACUGCUCAUUCACUUUCUUCAAAAUAGCAAAUAGCUCCACCCAGUGGUUCUGCACUAUAAUGCACUCCUUAAGAUAUCAGUCUACGUCGUUACCCAUUUGCUGGAAUUCAUGCAAACAUUUGUUAAUGAGACAAGAGGAUGGAAAUGAUCAAAUGUGUAGCGGCAGCCUUGUGGAGUGGUGAAAAUAAUGUCUAGUGGCCAUAUUCAUAGAGCAGAAACAACAUUCCUGGACAAGCUCUGGAUUUAUAGCUCAGUCAUCAGAUCCGUUUUGUCACACCAAAGCACGAUUCUAGGUGAUUCAUCCUACCCUUAGAUCCUCUUUGAAUAAGACCUUUCUAUAUAUAUUUAAAUUUUUUAAAUUGUAAACCUAGUUCAUUUUUAAAUUCCAUUACAUUUUUUUGGCAAAACAUGCCAAAGGAUGUAGAAU